UUUUUUAUGUCACAUAUUCUCCGGGAAAGUAGCAUUAUUCAUAAGCAAAACCCCAAGAAUCUAAAACCUUUUCGUUCCGUUAUUUUCUCCACUCCCCUAAUUUCUUGGCAAAUCGGAUUCAGAAAAAGAAGAAAAGCGGCGGAAAUGGCAGCGACGGGGAGGGCGGCGGCGGCGCUAUUACAGCCGGUGACAUUUGUAACGGGUAACGCCAAGAAACUUGAAGAAGUCCGUGCCAUACUAGGCAACUCCAUCCCCUUCCGUUCCCUCAAGCUCGAUCUGCCGGAACUACAAGGAGAGCCUGAAGACAUUUCCAAAGAGAAGGCUCGAAUAGCUGCUAAAGAGGUAAUUGACAAUGAAUAUAUUAUCUUUCCACAAUAUUUUAUUAACACCCCUGUUUCUUAUGUUUUUUAUGAGCCCUACUUAAUCGGAAAAAUUUGCAGCAAGUGGUUUCUUGAAAAGAUUGGUCAUGAAGGUUUGAACAAUUUAUUGAUGGCAUAUGAGGAUAAAUCGGCGUAUGCUCUCUGUGUAUUCUCUCUUUCUCUCGGGCCAAAUGCUGAUCCAAUUACCUUUUUGGGAAAAACAGCGGGAAAAAUAGUUCCUCUGAGGGGACCAAAGGAUUUUGGCUGGGAUCCAAUCUUUCAACCUGAUGGCUAUGACCAAACUUAUGCUGAAAUGCCGAAGGAAGAGAAGAACAAAAUUUCUCACCGUUCGCAGGCUCUUGCUUUGGUGAAAUCCCACUUUGCUGAGGCUAAUUAUACUUUUGAGACAGAUCCAAGUAUCCAACAGUGAGAUAUGUGCUUUCUUGGAAUCACAUAUUUCUGUUUUAUAAAAACUACAUGUCACUCAAGAAAAUAGUCAGUUAUUAGUUAUUACUUUGCCGGUAACUUCAAAAAUAUUCAGGAAUAUGAUUGUUAUAUCAUAUUGGUGAAAUUAAAUGAAUAACUUGAGUUCAUUUCUGAUAUCAAA